CAACAGAUGAGUACACUGCGGCCUUCAUCCGGUCUGUUAAUUUUAUGAACAGAUGUCCAGUCUAUUAUGGACAAUGGUUGAGCAGCUACAUUCAGAAAAAGGUGGGAUUUCGUCACUUCCGGAGGCUCUUGACCUUAGUGUAUCCGUUGACGUCACCUUCACGGCCCCCGCUAUAACGUACAAAUCGUGCGGAAUGCUGUAUGACAGAAGCCCAGUAAACGUCACUGUAGAUUAUCGGAACAUGGAUCUAUUGAGUCGUGGAGACUCGAAACUCCCCACAAGUCAAACUGGUCCCCCUGCAGAUUGGAGAUCAACUCCCCUCAGACAAGAAAUACACCCUGAUGAUGCUCGACCUGACCCCUGAACUGGGAAAGACCAAACAGAACUCCAUUAUCCACUGGAUGGUCGUCAACAUCCGGGGAGCUGACAUCACUUCCGGUGACGAGGUGUAUAACUGGCAAAUGCCCAUGACAUCAAGGAUGAAUCAGCUCUACCUGUUUGCUUUGUUCGAGCAGAAGAAACGUGUCAGCACCAAGAGGGCGAAGACUUACGGUGGAUCCAACUGUCCUACUUUCAUCAAAU